AUCACACAUGGUAAAUUAUCUAUAUGCUUAGUUUAUAGACAGCACAUUCAAAGAAACCUUUUGCAAUAAAACAAAAUCAAAAACUAUAUUAUAAUGGAAAAAAAUAUUUUUAGGCUUUAAUACUGCCAUUAUUUCGUUAUGUGCCUACUUAGAUUUCAAAUCUGCAGAGCUGGUGUUUUAGGAUGCGCACCUGCUCACAUGUCAGUGUGAUAGAGUCAUCAGGUGCCUCACAUGAUCAGCUCGAGCAUCCUCAGCAUCAGCAUCCAGCUUCACACGGAUGCAAGUCAAUCAGCGCACACGCUUAUAUAAAUCCAUUUCUGGCAGCGAAGGUAAACGGAUCUCCAUCUGGAUUCCCGAUCACACAAGAACUAUAAAGUCGAAAUAUUUUGGACACAGCACUAUGAACGCAGAUGGAUGAAUGCACACUACUACUGUAUUUUAGAUGCACGUGCAUCAGAUUUAUGAAUGGGCGUCUGUUAUCCAGGGCACAUCAGAAGUUCACCGACCAAAGAUACGCGCUGGAUUAUAAAUGUCCAUCCGCUCGCCAAACACAAACGAAAUAUUAUUUUCAUUUAAUCCAAAUGCGUCGUUGUGGCAGCUGGCAACUCUUUGCGUUUUGAUUGAACAUCCUUACAAUUAACAAGAAGUGUCGUAAUCCCCCCAAAAGUAUCGCGAUAUUGACAUUAGAACGAUCUAAAUGUCGUCCUUUCAUUGACAUAAUUUCUAUUUAAAUGACUCGCAGUCUACGGCGCGCGUCAGUGUUUAACGCGCACAGCAGCCGCUCUCUUUCUGAAUGAACCCAAUGCUCCACAGAUGCGCGCGCACCGGAGGACAGUACUCCUCACCGCUGUCCCGUGAUGAUAAAUUGAGGAUGGUGGAGGGAACGGAUGCCUUUUUGAGGAACAUUUCUACCGGAAACCGGGACAGCAAGUAUCUCUCUUUUCCCUGGGUGGUGACUUUACUCUCCAGCGUGCUCAUCACCACCAUUAUAGUUGAUGUACUGGGCAACCUGUUGGUCAUUGUGUCAGUCUUCAGAAACCGAAAACUCAGGAAGGCAGGCAAUGCCUUUGUGGUGAGUUUGGCAGUAGCAGAUCUGGUAGUGGCCAUCUAUCCGUACCCAUUAGUGUUAACAGCAAUCUUCCAUGACCGCUGGAUUGCCGGUGAUAUUCAUUGUCAAAUCAGCGGCUUCCUAAUGGGACUCAGUGUUAUUGGCUCUAUUUUCAACAUCACAGGUAUCGCCAUCAACCGUUACUGUUACAUCUGCCACAGCCUUAAAUACGACAAGCUCUUUUCCAACAAGAAUACAGCAUGUUACGUCAUUUUGGUCUGGAUGCUGACUAUCCUGGCAAUCGUUCCAAACUGGUUCGUGGAGUCCCUGCAGUACGACCCACGAGUGUACUCGUGCACCUUCGCCCAAUCGGUGAGCUCGCUGUACACUAUCACGGUAGUGGUGGUACACUUCAUUGUGCCCAUCGGUAUCGUCACAUACUGCUACCUGCGCAUCUGGAUCCUUGUUAUAGAGGUCCGCAAACGGGUCAAGCCCGACAGUCGGCCCAAGAUCAAGCCUCAGGACUUUCGAAACUUUCUCACCAUGUUUGUGGUGUUCGUGCUGUUUGCCGUCUGCUGGGCUCCUCUGAACUUCAUAGGCUUGGCGGUGGCCAUCCACCCCGGACUGGGUCAAGCCAUACCAGAGUGGCUCUUCACAGCCAGUUAUUUCAUGGCAUACUUUAACAGCUGUCUAAAUGGCGUGAUAUAUGGAGUGUUAAACAACAACUUUCGAAAAGAGUAUAAAAGGAUUGUACUUGCGAUUUUCAAGUUUCACUGUUAAAAGUUUUUGCGAGGAGACAACCACUGUGUUUUUCAUAAAUUGCCGAGUUAUGGUGUGAGGCCUAAAGUAUACUUUACUUUUACACAUAUGUCAGGGUCAACGUACAGUGCAUGUAACACAAAUUUUGUCAUCAGUAUAAUACAUGCACUGCCAGAUUUUUGUAACCGUGCAUACUUUGUACCUGCAGUAUGUAGGCUAGGAGAAGUGAAGAGUUUGGUUCCAAAAUGCAAUAAAUCCAUUUUGACUCAUUUCGGUAAAAGCACGUUUUCUAUACCAAGAAAGUGACAAGAUGAAAACCACUAUUUUCUGUU